AUGUUACCUAUGACCUCCUCUCGUUUUGGGCCUCGACGUCCACAUAUUUCACUAAGACUAGCAAUAAGCACAAAAUAUAUUAUAGUGCACAAGGAUGCGCAAAUAAGUGCACUUUCUAUUCCUGUCACUCUCAUACUCCAGUGCGGCGACAAUUCGACACGACCGGUGAAAUAUCAGACGUGGAUUGACGGCUUUGCCAUACUCCAAGAUAUGGGAGGAGGGCUAGGAACUAAACUUUGGUCCGAUCCAGAACUCGAACCCAAGACCUCCUCAUCUACCUUACUUGCUAGCCAC